AGGUUCAGAUCAAUUCAAACUGUUGGUUCCGAUUUAAAUUGGAAACCGUUGAAAUCAGUUGAGAGAUACUACAGAAACAGUGGUAUAGUUGAGUGUUAAUUAAUUUUAUACGUACACAUUUUGAAGUCGUUUUCAAACUCUUGAUAUGGCAUCUCACAAAUCGAUAAAGAAACACAGAAAAGUCAGUCGACAGACGCAGACUGAGAUUUCAUUAAUGGGAUCUGCUGAUGUGCCUGCAGAAAUUGCUCGUUUGCAAGAAAUAAACAAAAUUCUUCAAAUUGAAAAUGCAAGAUUAAGAGCACAUAUCGAUAGUGGAUCAAUUCAACAACUUACAGUUAAAGAUGAAAAUGAAGUAGAGUUAACACAAAUGACAGAGGCGAAUUCGCCAUCAGAAGAAGAAAUAGCAAAAAUAAGAAAGGGAUGUUCAUGUAAGGGACAUUGUCAAAGCAAACAAUGUGGUUGUGUGAAAAAAAAUUCUUCAUGUAACGAUUCCUGCAAGUGUAACAAAUCUGCAUGUCACAAUCAAAAUGAUACACAAAAUGUAAAUCUUGUGAAGAAACGUACAAAGUCUAAAAUUUCGAAAUCCAUAGAACGGCCUCUUAAUGAACAAAUAAAUAAUAAAAAUGCCGAGCACUUAUAUAGCCCGAAUAGUCUAGAAAAUAUGUUUGAUAAGUUCAGUGAUUUAGAUUUUGAGAAUAUAACUACUAAGAUUAAUGUUGAAAGAAUGAGUUCUUCAGAUUCGGAUAAUGUUUUUACUCCAAACAAAGACCUAAAUAAAGAAAAUGAGUCUCAUGUGCAAACUAAAAGAGUAGGUGUCCAAACAAGACGUCGGGGUAAAAUGCUCAGUGUGCCUUCGGAAGAUAAAAGACAGGUACGAAGCUCAUUAAAUCAAAAGGCCCUGUCAAAGUCUGAAUCCCAGGUGGAUGAGACAAACAGGCGAACUACUGUUUCUUCAGAAAUUCAUGUAGGAACAAAACAAAACCCUGACUCAGAUAUUAAAGAACCUAAUUCCAGCAAUGAUCAAGAGCUCAAGGAGACCUUCAAUCCAUUAGUACCUAGACAUCAGAUACCACGCAGUCCUCCAGGUCAUAAUAAUAUGCCAGUUCCAAGUUCUUCUAAUGCAUAUGUAUUGGAACCAGUGCCAAAAGUGCAGGAGUCAUUACCUAUUCCAGAAGAAAUUAAUGAACCAAUAGUGGAUUGGGCUAAACAUCAGACAACACUUGUCCCUUGUCAAAAUUGCAAUCGAAAGUUUUUUCGUCAUCGCGUUGAAGUGCAUGAAGCCAGCUGUAAAAAAAUUUGACCUUACUUUUGUAUUUUUUUCUCAACUAAAGGAGUUUUUUUAAGUAACACAUACUAAGAAAGGUUUAUAUUUUAAUGCGAUCCUAUUGAUUCGAAACAAUGCAUCAUGUGAUUAGUUAACUGUGAUGUGUCUGUAUGGGUAUUAUAAGUUAUUCAAAAAUUAAGUCGAAUAUGUUUAAAGAACGAUUAAGGCCUUCUUUGGCAUAAUACUGACGUCUUAAUAAAAACACCCAUAAUACUUA